GGCCUCGGGCCAGCUCCCGCGCGCGGGUGGGAAUGACGCCCCACGCGCGGGUGGGAAUGACGCCCCGCAGAGCGGUUUCCGCAGUGUGCGAUUACAUCUCUGGACUACCCGAGCACCGUCACUUCCUUCUGUUUUCUGCCCGCUCUAGUAACUUAUUCCGCUUCUGGCCUGGCUGUUUCCCUCUCGGUCUCUGGCCCUGUCCUCGCCCCGGCGUGACUUUUUCCAGGGCCGCUGUAGGAGGCUCACGCCGGAGCUCUGUUCCCAUGAGGAUCCCACUGGGGACUCCAUCCCCGCCACCAUGAACGGGGUCCUGAUCCCCCACACGCCCAUCGCUGUGGACUUUUGGAGCCUACGCCGGGCUGGCUCCGCACGGCUCUUUUUCCUGUCCCACAUGCACUCGGACCACACCGUGGGGCUGUCUAGCACCUGGGCGCGGCCCCUCUACUGCUCCCCAAUCACGGCUUUCCUCCUGCACCGUCACCUGCAGGUAUCUAAGCGAUGGAUCCGAGCCCUGGAGGUUGGUGAGAGCCAUGUCCUGCCUCUGGAUGAAAUUGGGAGGGAGACCAUGACUGUAACCUUGAUGGAUGCCAAUCACUGCCCUGGCUCUGUCAUGUUUCUCUUUGAAGGAUACUUUGGAACCAUCCUCUACACAGGUGAUUUUCGGUAUACACCGUCCAUGCUAAGGGAGCCCGCCCUGAAAGUGGGGAAGCAGAUCCAUACCUUAUACCUAGACAACACCAACUGUAACCCAGAGCUGGUUCUUCCUUCCCAGCAAGAAGCCGCCCACCAGAUUGUCGAGCUCAUUCGAAAGCACCCACAGCAUGACGUAAAGAUUGGACUCUAUAACCUGGGAAAGGAGUCCCUGCUGGAGCAGCUGGCCCUGGAGUUUCAGACCUGGGUGGUACUGAGCCCCCGGCGCCUGGAGUUGGUGCAGCUGUUGGGCCUGGCGGAUGUGUUCACAGUGGAGGAGAAGGCCGGCCGCAUCCAUGCCGUGGACCACAUGGAGAUCUGCCAUUCUGCCAUGCUGCGCUGGAACCAGGCCCACCCUACUAUUGCUAUCCUUCCCACAAGCCGGAAAAUCCACUGCUCCCACCCCAAUACCCACGUCAUCCCUUACUCCGACCAUUCCUCCUACUUGGAGCUCCGCGCCUUUGUUGCAGCCCUGAAGCCUUGCCAGGUGGUGCCCAUUGUCCGUCGACAGCCCUUUAAGGACUACUUCCAGGACAGCCUGAGCUCCAGGCUCUCGGUGCCCCUGAUUCCAGUCUCUGUACAGCAAUACAUGAGUUCCUCCUCCAGAAAACCAAGAGUUCUAUGGCUGUUAGAAAGGAGGCUCAAGAGACCAAGACCCCAGGGUGUCAUGUUUGAAUCUCUUGAGGAAAAGGCUGAUCAAUUUCAAGGUGACCAGGACUCAAAGGAGGCCAAGAACCAGAACCUUUCUGUGAGCCUUGAGAAGCAGCCCUGCCACCAUUCUCUGCAGAUCAAGAAGCAGUUGAUCCCAGACCUCUGCAGCAAAGAGUGGGAUGGGGCAGUCCCAUUCUCUGAGUCCCAGAAGAUGGCGACCGUAUUGACUGCCCCCUUGGGUUUUUCAGUUCAUUUAAGGUCUACAGAUGAGGAAUUUAACUCUCCGGAAACUGGGGAGGAAAUUGGUGUAGGGCCCCACUUGGUUCCCAGGGGAGACAAUGAUGGCUCAGCAGCCUCUGGGAAACAGCACGUGGCGGGGGGCCAGGACUCACCCCUGUCUCAUAGCAGCAAGGCUCUCUCUCUUCUGGCUCCUGAGUUCAGUAGCCUGACUCUAAAAUACCUCCUGACUCCAGUGAACUUUUUCCAGGCGAGGUUCUCUUCCAGGGGUUUCGACCGGCAAGUGGAAGAAUACCAUAAAUCCUUGCUAAAGCCCACACAGAGGAGAGUGCAGCCUUGUUUGAUCCAGCACGACAGUUUGGAAGAGAGUGGAUGAUGGCUGGUGGGAGUUUGUUUAGGGCCUUUCCUGUCUUCGCAGGAUCCUUUUGGGCUCAUCCUGGAGCAACACUUCUUCAAGUGUGUUCGUUGGAAACCUAAUGCCUAUGGAAUCUUUAGUUUAUGGUUGACUGUUUGAAAGCGGUUUUCAUUAAAACCCCUCCACAGUAUGAGUCCAUGGAAGAUUCUAAGAAGGCCUGCAUAAUCAUCUGUUUACAUUUGUCUAAUACAGUAUUGCUCCAGCUUUUUAGAACAUGCAGUCCUCUUAGGUGGCUGCAGAAAGAGUUAAAGAGUCUGAAUCAAAAAGGCCCAGGUUAUUCCCGUUGUUAUUCUGUGUGCAUUGUGCUAUUUUCCUUGUCCCCGCCUCCCUUUUCCUAGACAGAAGUCCCUAGGUAGUUCUUUUUUUGUAAUUAGGAAUUGUGGUGGAGGAUAAAGUGGUGAUCCAGGCAGCAUUUCCAAUCCUGAAUGUCACUGACUUGCUAUGACCCCAUCCAAGCGACUUCCUGUCUCUGCCUCUGGGAGGGAACAGGAAGUGAUGACGAGCCUUGGAACAGUGGAGAAAAAUUCCGUCUUUGCCUCCAUGAGAGUUGGUGUCACUGGGGACCUACCUGGAACAGAGCCAGCUGGGGGAUGGGGCACCCUCACUAAGGCAGUACCUGGAACCAGGCUUAGGGUAUGAUGGGCCUCCCAACUGCCUGGAGGCCCAGACUUUGAAAUAAAGUUGCAAAAGAUCAAAUGUGCUGCCAGAUAUUCCUGAUUGUUCACAUAGCUGGGAUAUUUACUGCCUGCCUUCCCCCUCCCCCACGCCCUUGGGUUGAGUAGGGAGCCAGAGCACACAGCCUGUUUGUUUUAGUAUCCAGGGCAGAGACCAAGGAGCCAGCUGGUGGAAGGGGUGGGGGUGCGUGGUUCUGCCCUGUCCUUCUGCUCGCAGCCUGAUGAAAUGCCAAGCCAAUAAGCAGGACAGCAGAUAUCACAGGCUCGGAGGGGACACAGGCAUGCAGAGCUGGGCACAGGGAUAAAAACUGCUUCAGAAAGGAUCCUCAAGGCUUUGUGAUGAAGCCUCUGUUUCUUAUCCAGGAAAAAACUUUUUUACUUUGGGAGGAAGAUAGGAAGGAUUUAGAAAUCAAAAUAGGGCCUUGCUCAUGGGCAAAGUGUCCACGGCUGUGUUUUGUCAGCGACCUUCACUGUAACCACCCCCCGCCCCGUGGGCCCACUGGGAGCCGCAGCAGGUGAGGCCUAUGGGGCAGCAGGAAGUAGGCAUUGUCCUGGGCUUCAGUCCAGAGCACCCUGGGCCCAUAGACUGCGUUAAACAGCAGAUCCUCUGUUCCCCGUCUGCAGCACAGGCUGAGAUACCCACCACCUCUCCUGGUUGCUGUGGAGGUCAGAAGUGGGGAGAUUCCUCGCUCACUGCCUACCACAUGAUGGGUAUUUGAAGUACUGGGACUCUUUGCCUCCGGUUCUUUAAAAAAUUUAUAUGUAAAAUUAGAAACUUUGAGAAUCAUAUGAAAAUAUAAAGAAAAAAUUAUAAUUCCUUCAUGUA